AAGCAGGUCAACCAAACGAAACAAGGACAGAGGUUGCUAUAAAAGCCAACAGGUCCUCUCGUGACACCACACAGGCACCCACGGGUGGACACACGCACCAAAGGAGGCUCCCGCACGAGGCAGGCAACUGAGCAAAGCGACAAUGGGCGUCCUGCGUGCCCCAGCCGUGGUCAAGUCCCUGCUGCUGUUGAUGCUGGUGUUCCCCCUCCUGGGGGAGGCGGCAGCACGGAAAAUACCCAAAGCCGGGGAUACUGCCGUUUGCCCCACUCUGGAGGACCACACUGUGAGGGUUGACAUCCGCAUCCUCAGUCAGAAGCUGGGAGUGCCCCUCUCCCAUGACUUCCAGAACCGCUCCAGCUCCCCCUGGGAUUACAACAUCACCCGGGACCCCAACCGGUUCCCCUCCGAGAUCGCAGAGGCCCAGUGCAGGCACGCGGGUUGCAUCAACGCCGAGGGGCAGGAAGACAGCUCCAUGAACUCGGUUCCCAUCCAGCAAGAGUUCCUGGUCCUCCGGAGGGAGCCCCAGGGCUGCACUCGCUCCUUCCGGCUGGAGAAGGUGCGGGUGGCUGUUGGCUGCACCUGCGUCACCCCCAUCGUCCGCUACGUGCGUGGCAUGAGAGCCGCAGGUCAGCUCAGCUGAAGAAGCCUUAGAGACGCCCCUCCUUACCCAGCUCUCUGCAAAGAGUCCUGUGUGGUUCCCAAAUUCUCUCCACUUCCCCGGGGCUCUUCACAAGCUCCGCAUGGGAUCCCCAAAGCUCUGUAUUAGAUAUAGUUGUAACUUUCUGGGAUUUCAUAAUCUUAAUAUGGUCCUAAGAUGUUCCAAUGUCCCACCCCCCUGAAAAGAGAUGGAGGAGGAUGCGGGACCCUUGGCCUACUCGGCUCAUUGCGCGGUGAUGACCACCUCCCCGCCAUGCAUCACUGGGAGGGAGACAGUGCCACCUCCGGGGGCUUUGUUUGUAAAAUGGGCUUUUGUUCCCCGUGGGUGAAAUAUAACCGCAAUGUAAGUGUGGGAGGGGCUGUGCAGGAU